AUGGUGCUCCAGAGUCGAAGCGAAAUCAUCCUACUGUUUCUGAUAUACUUGAGCUUUUUAAACCAGGAUUUAUGUAUACACUCAUUGCCAUCUAAAAACAAUGGCAUCCUCAUGCAUGACCAAGUUUUUAUACGAGUGGGGGUCGUUCUUGACAUGGAGUCAUGGACUGCAAAGUCCAUUCACAGCUUCAUAACUAUGGCGAUGUCUGAUUUUUAUGCACUUAAUAACAAUUACAGAACGAGAAUCGUUUUCCACACAAGGGACUCCAAAGGUUGCCCUUUAGAAGCUUUAUCAGCUGUUCUUGAUCUUCUGAAUAACGUAAAGGUGCAAGCAAUCCUAGGCCCAGAAACAUAUCUUGAAGCAAAGAUAUUAGCCCCGAUUGCUAAUAAGGCUAAAGUUCCAAUAUUUUCCUUUGCGGGUUCUUCCUCUAUGGACUAUCCAUACUUGUUUCAAAUUAAAGAAGACGAAUCAGUAAUGUCCAAAAGCAUUACUACCCUUGUGGAAUCUUUCAAAUGGAGAGAUGUUAUAUUUUUAUAUGAGGAUGCAGAUUGUGGGCGGGAAAGCUUAUCACAUUUUCUUGAAUCUUUCCAAGACAAAAGCAUCCGAGUCAGUCGCAGAAGUGCAGUUCAAGCCAUGGCCACAGAUGAUCAAAUCACUCAAGAGUUGCAAAAUAUCAAGAUUGGUCUCUCAACAGUCAUUAUUGUAAAUUUGUCAUCUUCAUUAGCUGCCAGAGUUUUAUUAAAUGCGGAAAGAAUGGGAAUGGUAAGUGAAGAAUAUACUUGGAUUGUAACUUAUAAAACGGUUGACAUAUUGCAAUCUGUGGAUAAUGAAGUUAUCGAGUCAUUGCAAGGAGUGAUAUCUGUGAGGCCAUACAUUCCGGCAUCAAACACGUUGCUGAAUUUAACGGCAAGAUGGUACAAUGAAUGUACUACAAAGUACCCUACUUUAGCAUCAAGAGAGGUGAGUGUGCUUGCUAUAUGGGCAUACAACACAAUUUGGGCACUUGCAGAGUCUGUUCAAAGGGUUGGAGUUCGGUCAUCAUUUGUUGUCCCACGGUUUGAUUCUAUGCUUCUAUAUGAGAUUUCAAAAUCAAGAUUUAAGGGUUUAAGUGGUGAGUAUCGACUCAUUGAUGGAAAGCUAGUCUCCAAUGGAUUCAAAAUUGUGAACAUUAUAGAAAAUGGAGAGAGGAGAGGGUCUACAUGCUCUCCAAAACGUCGGAUAUUACAAACGACUAGUGAUAUAAAACUGAAAGUUGGCGUUCUAACAGAAAGAAAUUUCACGUACUUUAUAGAUGCAAAGUAUGACAAUGUGGAAAAUGUUACAACUGCCACCGGAUUUUCUGUAGAUGUCUUCAAUAUAUGCAUCCAAGCUUUGAAUGUAUCCUACGAUUUAGUUCCAUAUGCCAAUGAAACUUAUAACGAUCUUGUAAUGAAGGUUCAUGCUCAGGAGAUUGAUGCUAUCUUGGGUGAUUCAACUAUUCUUGAAAACAGAUAUCAGUAUGUUGACUUCACAGCUACUUACACUGACAUAGGCGUAGGAACGCUUGCAAGAAUCAACCAUAAUGACAUGUGGAUCUUCUUGAAGCCACUCGACUUGGAUCUUUGGCUAUGCACAAUUUGUUUUGCUAUCCUCACUGGCUUUGUAAUUUUUGUUAUUGAGUCUAAGGAUCAAGGGUCCCAAAGAUCACCUGCUGAGCAAAUCGGAGCAACCUUUUGGAUCAUCCUAAUGACCCUAUUUUUUACUCAAAGUGAGAGGCUGUCAAGUAAACUGUCCAAGUUUGUAUUGUUCAUCUGGUUACUAGUUGUACUUAUUCUUAUCUCGAGUUACACUGCAACAUUGGCUUCACUACUAACUGUUGAACAGUUCCAAAUAGCAUCAAAGGGUGGAACUGUGGGGUUUCAUGGCGGCUCUUUUGUGGCAGGAGUGACUGUUAGCAACUUGGAUUUUGGGAAUUUUAAACAUAGCCAAUACUAUUCAUAUGAUGAUUACGCAGAUGCUUUAUCAAAAGGUGGAAAACAUGGUGGUGCUGAUGCUAUCAUCGAUGAAAUUCCUUACAUCAAGAUGUUUCUAGGAAGGCACUCAGCUGACUACGCCCUUGUUUCGUCUGAACCAAUUACUUCUGGUUUUGGCUUCGCUUUUCAAAAAGGAUCACCUAUGGUAGAAGAGAUGUCAAGACAAAUUGCCAAACUAAGAGAAAAUGGAAAACUGGAAGAUCUGGAGAAGUAUUGGUUCAAGAAACACUCUGCAUCAUCUGAAGAUACUCUGCCUAAACCGAAAACCUUGAACUUUGGUAGGUUUCAAGGUUUGUUUCUUAUUAGUGGGGUUUCUUUGGCUUUAGCACUUAUGAUAUCCAUGGUUCGCUUACUUUGCGCAAAACUGGAGCUCCAUGCCAUCAUAUUCUUCGUCUUGCAGCAUAAAGCGAUAGCUACUUUGAGGCGUCAAUCUAUUUUUUAAAUAUGCCAUUGGGAUAUAAUGAGCUAGUGGAGGUUGAACUCAUUAAUCAACUUGUCUAA